AUGCCUUUUGAUAGCACUCCAUUCUUCUCUCCGAUUCCUCCUCCUCCUCAUCAUCCAACAACAACCUCCUUUCAUAACAACAACAACAUUCCCUUCCAUCCCGAUAGUACCUCCAACUGUACCAUUGAAAUUCAUCAUCAUCAUGAAACACUUGAUCUCCACAAACUCUCCGCCAAUUCUUUGCUCAUUCCCUAUUCCUCAAUACCGAAAGAGGAGGAGCUCCAUCACCUCAAAAAGGCUCUCUGUAUUCUAUUCGUCAUUGUGGCCUUGGUCGUGGGAGUCAUGUAUCUAUUGCCACUCCUUCUUCAACCAUUGGCCACCACUUGGAAAUCGUAUUGGGUCCAUCCACAACAAAAACAACCAUCAAUGACUUUUCAAACACAACAAUAUCUAUGGGUAGAUACCGAUGUAGGAAUGGAUGAUUUAUUUGCCAUUCAAUUACUGUUAUUGGAAAACAACAACCACCGUAAGAGAAAGAACAAGAAUGCAACGUUCUUUCAACUCUCUCUAUUAUCUUCAGUGUUUGGUAUGACUUCAAAUUCGACGUUGGGUACUGAAAUUGUUCGACAUUUGGUUUCAACUUUUUGGAAUGAGAUAUCAAGUUAUGUGAUGGUUGGUUCUGAUUUUGGUCUUCCUUCCAAUAUUCAACGAUUUCGUUUUGAAGAUUCUGAUUUUUAUGACUCGGUGGAGAGAAAACAAUUGGAAUUUUUGAAUGUCAUGAAGUGGAGGACGAGUAUAGAUCCUCAACAACGCUCUUUGGAUGGAAAUGAGUAUAUGGUUCAAUUUGAACCUCGAUUCAUGGAUAUUCAUUCCAAAUCUUCCAAGCUCGAAGAUUUACCUGACAAUUCUCUCACAAUUCUUGCAUUGGGACCAUUGACAAAUCUUGCGAGAUGGAUUCAAAGUAAGAAAGAUAAUCAACUAUUGUUGCAACGAAAGGUGAAGAAAGUGGUUGUGAUGGGUGGAAAUGCAAUUUUCAAUAGCAAUGACUUGGAUGUGGAAUGGAAUUUUCAUUGUGAUGCUUUGAGUGUACAACAAGUGAUGGAAUUCUUUGGAGACAAGUUGUUCAUGAUUGGUCUCGAUGUUGCCAAUGAUAGAGCUGUUACUGCUCAACAAGUGGAACACUUGAAAAACAUUUUACGAGAGAAAAUACAACAAGUGAAACCCAACAAGGAAUUAUCUGAGUUGUUUUAUCGGUUAUUAGAUAUUAAUCCUGCUUCUUGUACCUACGAUCCAAUUACUGCUUCAUAUUUGAUCAUGCCAGAGCUGUUUGAGUUUGAGAAGGUCAAUGUGAAGGUUGUUCUCUCAAGCAGCAGCAAUAACGUGAAUGAUUUUGCUGGUAGAGUUUUGCAGGACAGUUCGAGUGAAAUUCGAGUGAAUGUGGCCAAAAAUUUUCACCCCAGGCUGUAUUAUGACUUUUUGGUUCGAGUGUUUUCUGAUCUGUAA